CAAAAAAUUAAAACCUUGAGUUGCUUGCUAUUUAGACUGUAUCCCCCAAAAUCCCUGACCCACUUGCUCGACCGAGUGUGUGCGCAAUUGAAAUCGGAUCGGGCAACCCAGUACACCGCACUCGGUAGUCCAGCUCUGUUCGAUCCGAUUCCCGUCUUGAAUACUAAUAUUGCCCCCCACCAGGGAUUAUGCAAGUCGGCUGGCUAAGCUGUGCUCCAUGUAACACACUUUUUACAUAAUUUUCCAGACCCGCCGCGAAGUGAGAGAGCGAGACAUUAAUUAAAUAUAUAUAGUAUGUCUUGACGAAAUCCACCGACAAAUGCAAUAAAAUAAUUAAAAGCCGCCGGCUGCCGUGUGUGCGUCUGUGUAAAUUCCCGCGGCACGGAGGCUGGACAUGAAUGCGUGACGCCGGAUUGAGAGGUGGAGUUCCGGGGCCUAAAGCUUCGGACGGGGGAGAAGGGAGCAGAACGGGGUAGCGGCACCUGUCGCUGCCAGGUGAAAUGUACGUGAGAGCGCCGCGAUGCGUUAAUUGGAACUGCGAUCGAGCGCUGACCCACUAAGGCGCAACAAUUCGAGGUGCGACGAGCGGGCAGGCGCAGCGUUGAGAAAGUUUUCCAUUAUCCAUAAUGGAGUUCUAAUUGAAUCCCAGUUUGGGCCUCGAUCAGGUGCGAAAUGAAUCCGCUUCUCGGUACGGACUUAGAAACCUUGAAAUUGACUUCUCACGCGAUGAUUGGACACGCAUCAUUAAGCAAUUAGCAAACUUCAGAUGAGAUAACCGAAAGAAGCAGUCGUUCUCAAACUACUGCUAAAACAUAAUGGCAAAUGGUGAGCAGUUUCUGUCAAGGUAUAAUCUUAGAUAGAUUCCCAUAACUUUUUUCUUUAAUCUAUGCAAAGGUCAUGGAAUUAUAAAAAACUGGUUUGGCUUUUAAACAAAAUUUUUUUUACAUGGAAUGAAUACAUUUACCAAAAAAUUUACAGAUGCAUAAACCAUAGUUAUUAUAAAUUAAUAAACCAAUUUCCUUGUUUUAAUUUUUUUUUUUCCGAAAAUGUAAUUUAAAAUUUUGGUUUAUAUGCCACCUAGAAAGCUUCUGAAUUUUGAACUAAACUUGUUUAAACCCGAAAGCUUUACAGGUGAAUAAUUUCUUCUGCCCAAAGACUUCAAAACCCUAAUUAGGCAAUAUUUACCUUUGCAUUUAGCCCACUAAUCCCAUAAGGCCAUCCAAAAGCAAAACAAACUUUACACAGCUUAACGAGCGCCAAAACGCCGCACAAAAGCGACCAAAGAAAGGGUCGUUCGACUCGGUCCGACCCGGUCUAAACUAACUCAGAUGUUUGUAAACAAAUAAAACACCCAAAUCCACCAAGAAAGAGAGUAGAAGGCGACUGGUGCGCAAUUGGCUUAAAAUGCAGCACACAAAGAGACAGUCAGAGCAAGUCGAGCAGGCCAAAACAUCGAGCCAUAGCCACCGACUUGGCCACUUUGGCUGCACUCAUCGCCAGUCUCACAGAAACGCUCAAAGCGUUCGGACACCCAAGCAAGCGAUUCGAGUCUCGGUCAAAAAGCAAAAUAAGAAAGAAAACAAACCCAAGACAAGGCGACUUUCGUGCCUCGUGGUAGAAAAUCCAAACUGGAGAAAGGCCUAGACGCACAGCUCAUAAGCAUUUUGAUUUUUGCAAGCCAUCGAUUGCCAGUCGUUUGGCCAAAAUAGCCGCAUUUCACCGACCACCGACCAACGACCAACGACCACAAUGCGUUGACAUUGAUUCUGGGCCAACGUGCAUUGUCAUCGGUGGUUCAGGGCUAUCGGGAUUACCAGUUGGUAGACCCAAAACCAGUUGAAGGGCAACGAGACCAGCUGAAAGCCGAGAGAAACUCAGAGCGCAUGCGUGCACGUGCACGAUCCACUCAAACUCUUUGAGUCUUUCUCGCCAACAUCAAAAACUGGGACAAGAACGAGCGUACCGCAGUGCUGCUCAAACUGUCGGCGUACGGAAGUGAUAAAUUUGUUAAGUAAACUACAUUACAUUACGCAACAUAAGCACCCUAAAUAAAGGCAAUAUAAAUGCGCUAACUAACCACAAUAAACGAAAAAUGUGUAAGAAAUCUGUGACAAAAAUUGGCAAACGGUUGGUCUGUGUGAAAAAAAUAACAACGCCGUCGAGCCGAUAACACAAAAGCCACGCUUUGUUCGUGACUCGUGGGCAAAAACCAAAAGCCAAACAACCAAGCGGACCAAUAAAUAAACACUAACCAAGAGUGGCAGCUAAAAAAAAAAAAAGAAGAAGAAAAAAACGUAUAAAAGAAAAUCAUAGUGGCAAAAUGUCCAAGCAGUUGAAAAUAAAUUCACUUUCGUUGCUGCAUUUUCUGGCAGCGCUGCUUUUUACCGCAGCGCAGCAGGCACAACAACCACAUCAAAUGUUGCAGCAGCAACAGCAACCACAUCUGCUAGUGCUGCAGCAACAGAAAUUGCUGAUGCAGCAGCAACAGCAGCAGCCAUUGCUGCCGGCAAGUGUUGCUGCGACAACAGCAGCAACGUCGCCUGCCAGCAGCAACAUCAGACUCUUGAAUGCAACUUCAACUUCAGAUGGUGUCGCCACCACUUUCAUCGACAACACCAGCAGCAGCAGCAGCAGCAGCAGCAAUGCCAACAUCCAAAACAAUGAAGCUGUAGUUGCAAAUUCCUUCGAACAGCAGCAGCAGCAACAACCACCCAUGCAAUAUGCACACAUAUCGUCAUUAGAUAAAGAAGUAGUCGAGCGCCUGAUCAAGCAAUGGGCACCGAUCGUGUGGCUGGCGCCCGAGGAGAAAUUCAUGCCACUGGGCGUGGAGGAGUUUCUUCAGUAUGUCCAUCCCAUGGACAAAGACAGCAGCUUUCGCCCGGGAGUUCCCUUCAGAGAGUACUCAACUAAGUCACACCUGGUCACAAACAAUGAGGUUCAGGAACUGCUGGAGAACGAUAAAUCUUUUCUGUAUGGACGCAAUCCCAACGAGAAACCGGUGCCCAUUUAUGGAGUGGUCACCUUGUGUCCCUCCAAGAGGGUACCGGAAGUGCCAGCUCCUCCACCUGUCAGCACACGAAACACUUAUAUUCCGGUCUCCAUUGAUCCCCUCGAGGAACGCAAUGAUACUAUUCGGAGAUCCUCCAGAUUGUUUCCUCUGUUCCAGCGAGUUAAGCGGGAAGCGCCUGCUCCGAAGUACAACCCACUGAAUGAGUACGAGGAACUGGUAAUGGAACCAACUCAAAAGCCAACUCAAAUGGAAUCCAAUCCAGAACCAGAGCCUGACCCGGAACCAGGCGUUCCAGUAAAUAAUUUUAUUGCCAACUUAGCGGACAAUGUCAAGUUCAGCGGUGGCACCGAUGCCGAUGACAAUCUCGAGGAUAACAGUAUUGGACAGUCGCCUGAACAGGAAGCAAACCCUGGGAAGGGCCACUUGCCGGGCUUCCAUGUAACCUACUGGAUGUUUUAUCCCUACAGUCAGGGCAAAACCAUGUGCACGGUAAGCUUGGGUCCCCUUGGAAGGAUUCCAUUUCCCGCUGUUUACGGAUAUUGUCUGGGCAAUCGAAAGGAUAUCGGCAGCCAUGUGGGCGACUGGGAACACAUGAGCCUUUAUUUCAACGGAGACGCCGAACCGCAGGCCAUGUAUGUGUCCGCUCACGAUGCGGGUGCCUAUUACAGCUACAACAGACUGACAGGCUCCUUUGAGUUCCGCCGCCAGGAGACACGCAAGGGAAUCCUACAGCGGCCAAACUUUCCCAAAACGGUGACCACGUUCAAAAAUCACCCUGUUCUAUUUGCCGCCAAGGGUUCUCAUGGUCUGUGGACAGCGCCAGGAAAGCAUAGAUUCGUUAAAGUGGCACGCCUUUACGAUAUUAAUGGAUUUGGAACGCCCUGGAACACUUGGAAGGAUGUGGACAUAAGCUACGAGAAUCUGAGAUCGUAUGGUCGAUCACUGGUUCCCGAUUGGCUCACUUACCGCGGAAAGUGGGGCAAUCCGAAGAGCAAUUGCCAUCCUUUCCGUCGGAUCGGUCUAAAUUUCUGCGAGUUUACGGACGGACCCACGGGAAUACCCCUUAAAGAACCACACUUUCAGUGCGGUGCUGACUAUCGUUGAGGACUUGGUCGAAACAUGGUCCUCUCCCUAUACUUAGCCUAAUGUUUAGUAAAGUAUUUAUUGUGAAAACCUCCCAAAAAGAUCCCCUAAAGAUUAAAAACAAAGCGAUAUUAAAAAAAAUUUUUCUAUUCCGAAAACAGGAAAAAAUUUACCUAUUAAAGCUAUUCCUUUUCACCAAACGGAAUUGGUUUAAUUAUAAACUACAAGAUCACAUACUAGAGAGCCAAUUUUCUUUUUUUGCCAACCCCUUAUUAUCA